AUGUAUUUGUAUUGCUUCUUGAAUAGUACCAUUACAAUGACAAAUUUAUUUGAUCUACUACGAACACAUAUUAUUAAUGGUAGUAUUAUUGAAGGUCAGGCCUAUAGUAAAUAUCAAUGUGAUGGUAUCCCGGAUAUUAAUUUAAUGAUAGAACAUGGUGAAAUUAAUUCACAAGAUGAAUUAAUACCAACAUCAUCCAUACCUGGUUUUGUUUAUGUCAAAUGGAAUUCAACAACACUCGGAAAGCUUCCAUAUCAAAUACAUCCACUACAAAAUAUUCGUUGUAUAUAUCAGUUAUCAAAUGACAAUAAAAGAAAAUCAAAAGCAUGUAUAGAUUAUUAUUUAAAGCAUAAACAUACAAUUGAUGCAAAAUUAUCGGUUCAAAAUGUGAACGCUCUAUACAGACAAUAUGACGAUGACUACGAUUGUGUGCCAUCAUUGAAACUCAAUUUUUGGCCAAAAGAUGUAAAAUCCUCAUUGGAACGUAUAAAACAGGCAUAUAAAACGAAAAAGCCAUUAUUGUUUGAUAAAUUAAAUUCAUCCUAUAUGCAUGUAAUACAGAAAUGGUCAACAAAAAGUGAUGAGAAGUACAAAAAUAUUGAAUUUCGUUAUUCAUUUUCAAAUGUUGAAAAAUUAUUGGCACACGAACGUACAUUAAAUGAAAAAAUUCUUAAUGGUAUAGCACGAAGUAUCUUCUAUAAAUAUUUGUAUAAGAAAGGUUAUAUACCAUCAUAUUUUAUAAAAACAACCGUUUUAUGGAUGUGUGAAUUGUAUGACUUUCGUUCAUUUGACGACACAAAUUAUGAUACACUUGCACAAACAUUGGGUGCCAUAUGGAUUGAUUUUGCAUGCGAUCAAUUAAAGUCGUAUACAUGUGAACAUUAUUUUAUUCAUGGUUUAAACAUUUUAGAAUUAUAUCCAAAAGAAAUAUUAGAUGAAUCGAGAAAAAUACUUGAAAAUGAUGCUCACAAAGAACUAGAUACACUUCAUUCUCAUUCGGAUAACGAGGAUGAUAUUAGUCAUAAACAAUUUUAUUUUGUUGGAGAUCUAAAUAAGGGAAUGGAUCAAUUACUUCUAGACGAAGAACAAGCACAUUUGGAUUACAUCGAAUUAGAAUCAAUGUUUUAUUCUAGUAGUGAUAAAAGGCCGGGUAUACUCGAUCAUUUGGUAUUAUUACAAACACUUGCCGCUUCUGAUGGUGAAGAAAAUAAUUGGCUUCUAUGGAAAAAAUUGUUUUUAGAUGAUUCUAUUAAUCUAUUGCCACCAAUACGUGAAGAAGAACAAGUACAUAGUCUCAUUACAUUUAUGGGUUCACUUGGCGGUGCGAGUAAGUAUCCUGUUUUCUUUAUGACAUAUAUGUAUCAGCUCUUUUCUUUAGCUAUAUUUUUGAAAGGUUUUACAGAGGAAAUUUACAUUACUGGUAAUGAGCGUACAUUAUACACUGAUGAUAAUAUUCAUCUUGACACAAGUACUAUGAUAAAUGCUAUGGUGUUAGUAAACGAUCUCUCAAUAUAUCCAAAUAAUAAUAAUCGUGCCUUAGCAUUUACCACAUCACAAGAAACAGAUUCGCCCCAAAAUUCAGUAUUAUCAAACCACCCUCUUGGACUACAAACGACAGAUGAUCGAUCUUUACCAUUAUUAUUCUCAAUACCACCAGAUGAAGAUGAUGUUGAUCCUGAAAAGUAUGACAAACAAUUGACUGAUCAGUUGCGACACUAUCAAGAAGAAACUCCAUGCCAUAAGCGAAAUGACGUUCAUCCCUCUACACCCUUGGUCCAUGCUAGUUUAUUACGCAUCCGCGCGUUUGGUACAUCAUGUUUUACAGGUGAAAAUCUUUCACCGUCAAAUACUUUAUGUGACCAUGACGUCGCUAAACUUUAUGAUGACUUUAUCAAUUGUCUUAUUCACGUGGCAGGGGUAGUUGGUGAGCCUACAUCAAAGAUUGACGAUGCUCAACAAUCUCAAAAAGAUUAUAGCACAUUUGAUCUCGAAUGGAAAGGUAAAAGUGGUAUUGAUACAAUAUCUGAAAUUAUUCGAUUGUUGCCGAAACUUGAAAUAAAACUUAGUCGAUACACGCCACUUCCACCCAUACAAUCGUCAGUCAUUGAUUUCAAUAGCUUAAAGGAAAAACCUGAUCUUGUUAUUAAAACAUCAUCACGACAUCAUUUUUCUCGAAUGGGCGGUGGCAAUAAUAUUCUCAUGUACGAUGAUAAUAACAAAAUAUGUGUUGUAAAUAAACUGACAAAAAAGUUGUAUAAAAUGUCAUGGUUAUAUCGGCCGUUUCGUACAAUUCCAGAAAAAUUUUUAUCCAAUGGUAUAAAUGAUAUAUGCUACAAUUUAAGAACAAAUUGUUUUAACAUUUUUACAUUUCGCACCAGUUAUUUUUUCAAUCCUUAUGGCAUGUGUAUAUAUCCGGGUAAAAUCCGACCAAUAAACUAUGCAAAGAAGCAUCAUAAUGUAUUUAUGAGUUGUACAAGUGAUCAACAUUCACUUUUCAUUGCUUAUUUUGGUAGAGGUGGUCCUAUUUUAGAACUUCAUCUAAGUGAGCCAAUACAGAGAAAAUUAUGGAAGUCACCGCAGUCGUGUAAAACAACAGCAUCAGUUAAAUGUAUUCGUCUUUCAUCUGACGGUAAAUAUUUGGGUGUAUUAUUAUAUUCACAACCAUUACUGAAAUCUAAUGAUGGUACAUUUAGAUUAUGUGAAAUUGAUUACAGUUUCGAAUUACGAGAUCGAGAAAUGAUAGUAUUAAAGUGCUUAACCGAAUUAUCAUCAAACUGUUGCGGCUUAUUAUCACUUUCACAACAUUGUUGGCUCCUUGUUCAAUCUGAUAAACUCUUGUUGAUUGAUCAAUACAUUAAAAUUCAAAAAAUAUUUGUUUAUAAACAGCAUGGUAGAAUAACAAAUGUUGCACUAAUUAAUCCACAUUGUUUGGCUAUUCGAACACAAAGUGAAAUUCGUUUUUAUUCUGUUUGA